GACAGUCUGAUAGUAGAUGAUCUUGGGUACUAAGGAUGGGUUCACACGGCAUUGUCUGCACAUUUUUUUUGUAUUUGUAUGAACUCCACAUAGAUUUCUAUGGAGUUUCAUAUAUUCGUACAUUUUUAACCGAAUAUCAGCCUGUUGCACAAAUGUCCAUUAAAAUAUUCAUUAAUGUUAACCGACAUUACCCAUACAAAUUUGAUAUUAAUUAGAGCUUAAAAACGUCAUUAAACCUUAAUGGACGUUUGUGCAACUGACCGUAUAUCUUAUAUAUCUAUGAUUGUUAUUCAAUAUGUCUCAUGAUGUCAUAAAUAAUAUUCGUUAUUGUAAUCAUAGAUUUAACCUUUGAAUAAAUUUCAAUAGAUUUUAUGACAUGAAAGUGACAUUUAAAAAUAGAAAUGUCAACAGCGAAUGAUUUAAAAGAGAAUAUUUAUCUAUUAAUAAAUAUUUUUCAAUUGUAACAAGUUUUUUAAUUAUCGAAUUAUUACGCGUCUAAAAUUAUGAAAUCCAAUAAAAGCAGAUCCGAAACCGUAGAACUGAAUGAAGAAAACACUAAUGCUAUGAGACAAAUGGAGAAUCCUAGUGUCUCAAAGGUGCAUUCUCAUUUCUUGGUGUCAUCUGAGAAAUUGGAUAAAGUCACUAGGAGAGUGAUAGCACCCUACGCGCAGAUAGAGAGAAAAGGUCUCAAAGAAGAGGAGGCGAAGGAAGGCCGCUACUUGGACUUGAACAGGUUUAAUGUUUUCUUGGAGGAUACAGUGGAUCUUGAUUCUUUGUUGUACGAAACUGCUUUAGUAUUAAAAACUAUAACCAAUAGUUCUGGUAAGUACCUCGACGUCAAUAAUAUUGUAACGUUUAUAAUUUAAUUCUAAG